AUGGAUAUUUUUAAACAAAAGAAGAAAAACACAGGGCGGAAGAAGAUUGAGAUCAAGAAGCUUGAGAAGAACACAAACAAGCAAGUGACAUUCUCAAAAAGAAGAUCAGGUUUAUUCAAAAAAACAAGCGAACUUUGUGUUUUAUGCAAUGUUGAUGCAGCUAUCGUUGUGUUUUCCCCUGCUGAUAAACUAUUUUGCUUUGGUCAACCAAACACUGACGCUAUUAUCAAUAGCUACAUCAAUGGAACAACCGAGUUUGAGACUUCAAAGUCAAUAGGAAAAUCUAUUUCUUAUGAAGAACAUAAUACAGAAUAUGAGAAAGCAAUACAAAAUUUGGAGUUUGAAAAGAAGAAGCUUGAAGAAUAUGAGAAUUUAACCAAGGUUUGGAAUUCAGGCGAAUGGUGGAAUGACCCAAUUGAUGAGAUGAGUAUUGAUCAGCUUGAACAAUUUAUGGCCUCUAUUUAUGAGUUAAGGAGGAAGCUAGUUGAUAGAGCUCAUGAAGUUGUCAUGAUGCUCCCCAUGUUAGUGUAGAAUGUUUGUAUUUUUGCUAUGACAGAGUUUUUAUUUUCUCUGUAUUUUCGCACUUUUUUUUGGGAUGUUUUCUCAUAGUAUAAUUUAUAUAUUAUUGUGUUAUUUCGAACAAUUAUUAACCAAUCGAUGAUGCUUCCAAAUUAAGGGUGAAAAUAUGUUAGGUUGUCCGUAAG